AGAAACGGCCAGCGGCAGCCUGGUGACUGGCUGGAUGCUGCGGGGGGAACCGGCGAUUUGAGAGCGGGGUUUUUUUUCCACCAGCAGGGGCUUAGCCAAGAGGCGCGCGGCAGCAGCCCGAGGCUGCCUCUCCCCGUGCGCCCCGUCCUGUCCUCGCUCGGCGUCGUUGGAUGCAGCCUCUGCAAGGCGGCAGUCCUCAGCGCGAUGGGGGUGGACCGGCGGCAGCGAGCCUCGGCGGCGCUCUCGCUCAGCUGCCUGUCGCUCACCUUCUCCAUCACCGCCUUCAGCAGCAGCUACUGGUGCGAAGGGACCCGCAAAGUGGCCAAGCCCAUGUGCAGCGAGCUCCGAGGGGGCACCCACUGCAUCCGCUUCAACACCUCCGGGGGUCCCAACGACAGCAACGUGGUCCAGUAUAUCUGGGAGACCGGAGACGACAAGUUCGUCGACCGGAAGUUUCACGCCGGCAUCUGGUACUCUUGCGAGGAGCUGCUCCUCGGAGACGGUGAGUGGCGGCCUCCCCGUCGGGGCAGCAGGGACUAGUGGUGAGCCGGGGGGGGCAGCUGGAGAGGAGGACCGUCUGGUUGGUCUCAAGGGCGAGGAGGCUCCUUCCCGAGGUGGGGCUGCGCCGGGAGGGGGAGAAUGGGGGUCUUGCAAUGACAUCCUGCGCGGCCACCGGCAAGUCACUUUGAACCUCACUUUUCCCAUCUGUAAAACGGGAACAAGAGCUUACGCGCCCUGGGGUAUUGGAGCGCAAACAAGCUAUGUUGCUUCUGAAGCACAAUUUGCUUUAAAAGAAAUGGCUACUAAUGAAGUGUGAUCGUCAAAGGCUUCUUUGUGGGUUAAUAGGGAGGAGACGAUCCAUUUUAGUGGUAUAGCAUUCUUUGUUGAGUUGUUAUCCCCCCCCCGGUCAUGUCACAUUUCUGUCUUAAGCUCGCUUAUCACAAUUCCCCUCCAAUUCCAAUGGGGUGGGAUGAGGGAUGACCCCCCCCCACACCGUCUGUCCCCUCCCCGCCAGCACUGGCUCAUAUAGGAAAGGUUACCCCAACAAUAUAACACAGACAGAGAUAUUUGGAGCCAAUAGUAGGAGGAACACGAUAUUUAAAGUGUGCAGGAGAAAUAGUUAAGCAGAACAUAUGUGUCAUUGACUCUGCUCCCUUUUAAAAAAAAAUCAGUGGAAAUAGGUUUUUAAAAGAAGUAGUAAUACUGUAAAUGAUUCUGUGAUAAAUAAUGGUAAACUCAUUAACACGCACACACUUGUAGUUAGUAGUAUUCUGGAGCAAAAGGGAGUCUUAAGACAUGACACAGAUAAAGGAGAAAACGUUUUACUUACUCAGAAGAGUUUCAGUGUGGAAAAUCAGUGCUGGUACAGCAGCAAAGGAUCGGCAUUGUGGCUUCUUGGCUGCGUUAGGAAAUCAAAAGUUUGCAACAGAGUGGGAAGAUAUAUUACUCCUAGUUAUUUUUUCCCCUAUGUAAAUAUAACUGCUGAUCCAGCUAAGUCUGUCUUGAUGAAAAACUGCCUCUUUAAACUCCACAUAACUCACCAAAACAUUACUAGAAGGAGCAUUUCACCAGAACUGCAUAUUGUCCUAGGGUGGAAUUAAACUUUACAAGUGCAAUGUGGGAUUUCCAACCCCAUGUGUUUUUUCUCAACUGCAGCAGUGAUGUUUCAGAGACCGAGACUAGUAGGGGAUGUUUAGCCCUAAUUCUCCCCUAAAAAUGACCCCCUCACCUGAUUCUUGUAAUCAUUUCUCCUGAGCAAGAGGUUAAGCUGAUUUGUGGGAAGAUGUCCAACCUUAUAGGGGUAUGGUUGUAUAAAUUUGAGUGAUAUCCCUUAUUUCCAAAAGAAAAGGAGGAGGAAGACUAUUUACAGGAAGCUUGUUUUUUGAAGUCUAAUGGUAAAAGCUAACAUAUUUGUUAGCUGUGUGCCAUUUUUUUAAUAGCACUUCCUCCAGCCACAGGAAGUCCACUCAGUUUACUUGUUCUCAUGAUGACAUCUUUCCUGUGGGAGAACAGAUUCUUUCCUGUGGGACAAUAACUUGAUUUGUUGCAUAGAAGCGAUAGUAAGCACCCUGUGCAUGCCAUCAAUCCCCCUUAGACAUCUGUCGAGAUGGCAUUUGUACAAUGACAUUCAUCUUCAGAAACACCACCAGUGUAAUCUUGUUUUUUGUUUAAUUUGCUUGAAAUGAUGAAGAGAACAGCAGCUCUUGACAGCUACUCCAGAAACCAAAUUGAGGCUUCAGAAAGAAGCAGGGGAGGGGAGUGGGGGGGAGAGGAAGAUGCAGAGAGGAAAAGUGAAGGAUUAUCUCCCGUACAUCCACACUGAGGCACCUUUAAUUUCCAAGGCAUCACUGUGCUGUUAUCAAGUCUUGCAUGUGGGCUUCCCAUAGGAAUCUAGUUGGCUGUUGUGAACUCAGGGUGCUGGGCUAGUUGGAACUUUGGCCAGAUCCAGCAGGGCCCUUCUGUGUUCACAGGACAAUAUAUAAAAACCUGCUGUAUUUAUUUUGAGAUUCUGUGUUGCACACCUGUGUUUAGAGUGUAUGAGGAGUGGCUGGUGGUUUUAGAUAAAAUGGGCUAUUCAAGAGACAAACCCUUCUCUCUCCCUCUUCCUCCCAGGUGAAUGUGUGCACAGCAUUUUGUGGGUUGUUAUGCUUUCCUGAGCCUCUCUUUCAUCUUCCUAUAUGGGGAAAGAACCAAAGCACAAUGCGUGCUCCCCAUGGAGACUGGACUGUGUGUUUGUUGUUUAGUCGUUUAGUCAUGUCCGACUCUUCGUGACCCCAUGGACCAGAGCAUGCCAGGCACUCCUGUCUUCCACUGCCUCCCUCAGUUUGGUCAAACUCAUGCUGGUGGCUUCGAGAACACUGUCCAACCAUCUCGUCCUCUGUCGUCCCCUUCUCCUUGUGCCCUCAAUCUUUCCCAACAUCAGGGUCUUUUCCAGGGAGUCUUCUCCUCUCAUGAGGUGGCCAAAGUAUCGGAGCCUCAGCUUCAAGAUCUGUCCUUCCAGUGAGCACUCAGGGCUGAUUUCCUUAAGAAAGGAUAGGUUUGAUCUUCUUUCAGUCCAUGGGACUCUCAAGAGUAAGAUCAGCCAAUUAGCUGAACAGGGCUGCUUGUGUCCAUCAGUGAACUCCCAUUCCUACCAAAAGGGUCGUGCAUCACAGAGAAGCACCCAGGAAAGCAUUCUCCAGUCUUCCACCCCAAACCAACAAGAAAGUCAAAGACACCCCUCUCUCCAGUGAAAUCCCCAUUGUCAUGAUUCAAACAGAAGAUGGCUUAUUCAGUAGAGCAUGAGACUCUUUAUACCAGGGUCACUGGGCAAAAGAUUCCUAUGUUAAAUGACUCUUCUGGUCCCCUUCCAAUGCUACAAUUCUAUAAUUCCUGUUUUCUUCCUCGGCACCAUCCUCUUGCUUCAUUCUCCCUUAAUUAAUAGUUGUUGUUAAAUAAGUGUCCCCCAUGACACUCUUAGUUUGUAAUUCUGUACCCAAGAGAAACCCCAGCUGAAGUCAAUGGGGCUUUCUUCUGAGAGUCCACAUGCUUUUAGCUUCUCCUAGUAGUUUUAGUGGGGAGGAGAAUGAAAGACAGAAGGGAGGUCAACUGGAAAACCUGGACAAAACAUUAUUACCUUCAAAAGGAGAAAUGGAUUGGGGAGAGAAACAAUGAUUAACUCUACCUUGGAUAUUACAGCAAAGCUGUGGGAUAAGAGUUGGAUUCAGCUGAGCAACAAUAGAUCCUCUUGAAUUAGCACUAUCUUUUUCCUGAGGAUACCUGUGGUUCAGAUACAUGUUUUCGCCUGAUGAUGGAAAUAUGUUUUUUAUUGUUCCGUGAAUGGGUUUGGAUGUGAUGUGUAAGUUGAUGGCAUUUUCAGUAGCAUUCUGCCUAAAAAUUAUGAGGGUCCAUGCUUAAGACCCAUGUUUUUCUGCCAUGGCAAUGCUGGGAAGCAUAAGGUCCAUGAUAUUUUACAGUAUGAUCUGUGAAUUUUGCAGUGCGAUCUGUAGCCAUAGACGUGAUCUGUGAUUUAAUGAUUCAGAUGAGUGGUCCCUUGUAAAAAUAAUGGAAAUUCAAGGGGAUCUUUUUUGUUUUGUUUUUGUUUAGUAGAGCCAAUGUUAUGGACAGCUGUGCACAUAUAAUGUGGAUGUACUUUUUGCAGAAAAAUUAAAACCAAACAAUCCACGCAGCUUUAUUCACAGCUGUGCUGCUGAGUACGUGCACACUUAAAAAUAACACACGCAAAAUGAAGUGGCUGACCAUUCAGCCUCAACAGCAAAGAUCAGGAAAUGUAGAACAAUUUCUUUAUUUUUAUCCACAGAGCCGCUCCCCCUACCUGAGGUGAAGGUGGAAGUUGCCAGAACCAAUUCAGCCACUCCCACCAGCCAAGAAUUAAGUCAUGUAUGCGUUGCUGGCUUAAAACACAGUGAGGCUGUUUUCUCUCUCACUGUGUUUCAGAUUGAACUGCAUGCUGCUAUACAUAUUGGCAUAGUUUGAUGUGUAUUGAAACCUCUUGCUCCAUGUACACACCAGUGGGUGGAGACAGGGCAGGGAUAUCUUAACCCAAUGCACAUUACCAAUAUUUGCCAACAUUACUAGGGUUGGCAAAAAUGUGUAGUCCUCUCCCCCACCUUUGUUUUUAGUCUGAUUUGUGCUAUUAUAAACUUCCGUCGCUGGUUUUAAGUAGCACUGUUCUCUGUGUGCAUAGCUUUAGAGUUGCCCUCUAUUUCUCAGUGUUUUGCACUGAAACUUAUCUAAAAUGUGCUCGAAAUGUUGCUGUGCUUUGGCAACCAUUUUGGGUGGCGCAUGGAUCCUAGCAGAUCCCCAGCUUUGCUGACCUUUGUCACCAGCUCUGCUUCCAGUGAAUUUUUCUAUUUAAGAACUCAGGCCAAUUCCAAACAACCUUCUGGCAUGUAACGCUUCCCCCAAACAAUCCUCAGAAAUGUAGUUUACCCCUCCCAGAGCCACAAUUCCAAACACCCUUCACAAACUACAGUUCCCAUGAUUAUUAUGUUAAAGUGGAACAAGAGUGCUUUAAAUGGAUGGUGUGGAUAUGACCUCACAUAAUUAUAGGUACUUCUUCAAGUAAGCCCUUUUUGUUUCUUUCCUGGGCUUUCAGCUAGACUUAAGUUUGGAUGCAUUUAUACAACACCUUCAAUCUAGAAGAUGUUUCACAUGAUGCUAGAAGUCAAGGUGCCCUGAGAAGCUUACUGCCUAAGCAUUAACAGUGACAGUGAUGGGGUGGGAGGGGGAAAAUGUUCAGAGCCAUGUGUAGUGGUGGAGUUGAAUUCGGAAGGAUUAGAAUUGCCCAAAUUGUGUGGCGUGCCACUUGCACGAAUAAUUUGUCACAUGGUACUCUACCCACACUGUUCCAUUUCCAGCAUCCGCCUACGUGGGUAACUAACUGCACAAACUGGGCCAGUGCAAUGACACAAUCAUAGAGAUGGCCACCAAGAGAGAACUCCUCAGAGGGAUAAAUGGGCAAAAUAUGACUGACACAUGGGCCGGAGUUUUAGCAGGAGGGGAAAGCGGAACUCAGAAAUUCUGGUGGGAAAUACAGCAAGAUUUGGCAACAGCCUGGCUUUGAAGUUAGAAGAGAAGGAAGGGGUGUAGAAGGAAGCAGAACUUGUCUCUGGCAGUCAGGUUUGGUAGGGAGUGUUGGGGAUCUAGGAUGGUAGUCAGAGACAAAACUAGACAUUUUGGGUUGGAAUAAGGCGAAGUGUUAGUGGUGAAAAAUAACAUUUGGGAAUCACUUGAAGUCAGGUCCAAAAGCAUUUAUAAGAACAUUUAGAGUGGAUAGAGCCCACUCAGGAUAGAGCCCUGCCUCUGCUUUGUUUUAUAGGCACAAAGUGGGAUGCCUGUUCUUUUAAUUCCCCCCCCCCCCCGGGGUGGGAUUGCAUUCCAAAUAACACUGCAGCAUUUUAGCUCAGCGCGCUGGCUUCCCCUACCAUCUGCUUACAGCUCCCUUCUUGUUGCUUGUGGGAGGCUGUGUUCCUAUAAGCCUUGGGAAGGUGGGAAGGCUAAGCUGGCUGAUGAGAUGCUCAGGUUUUUCCCCCCUUCCAAACUAUAAUUUGAAAGUGUACAUUUUAUAUGCCUUAUAGGUGAGAAAUGUAGAAGUUUUAUCAGCCUGACACCCCCGGCGGAUCGAGGUAAUUAUAUGCUGUCACUAAUUCAAGUUUCUGCUCUUUCUAUCUUUAUGUUCGGUGUUCUGAGUCAUGGGAAACACAACCCUAGAAUAAAUAUAUCCCCGUUUCUAUGGGACAAACAGUGGCUCAAAUCCACGUAUUCUGAAUGUUUGCCAAAUUUGGUAUCUGCGCGUAUUUGUGGUGGGAUUAUUUAUUCUAGCUCUAGUGCAUAUUACCUUGGAUAAUUCCCAAAGAAACCCGAACUCAGUUUAGAAGCUGAAACCCAAGGUGUUUGAAAAGGUUUAGGAAAUGGUGGCAUCCUCCGCAGGGUGGUGGGGAAUAGUUUUGGGAAAGCUAGCACCUUUUGCUUCCAUUCAUCCUUCUGGAAAAUGACUCUAGCUGUGUGCAUACUCCUGUCUUCUCUGUGUCCAGUACGCUCCCACUGCUGGUUUUGAAAGAGAUAUACACACAACAUUAGCCACAAUCCUUGUUUAUCCUGUGCCUAUCCUGUCGUUUCUUAGGAAAUGCUAUGCUUGGAUCUGUUUUUCUCCAAACCAGCUUCAAUCCGAAGUGAGAAAAAGAGCAACCCCACUCUAUUUUAAGCAGGGACUGUGUAAGCAGCCUCUGUCUUGGACAAGAAGUUGUGUCUCCAGGCUGAGUUUAAAGCAGCCAAAUUUUGUAGGCAUGGGGAUUUCAGCAAGAGGAGCUGGCAUGACAAACUACACCUGUUGAAAUUCUUUCUUUUGCAGAUCUGGCUCACUUGGCUAAGGGAAUCUACAGUGGGGGACGGGGGGUGGACCUGGCUGCUCCCCAUAGCCUUCCUCAAGUUAGUGUACAGCUCAGGAGACUGAGGCUGUGUACACAUUACCAGCUAAGUAAAGUGCAGCUAGGUCCUUCUUUUUCUCUAUUCAGAUUGAAGCUUGUUUUUUGGGGGGGGGGAACUCAUCAAAACACAGCAUUUCAUAAGAAACGACAGGAUAGAUACGAAUUGUAUCUAAUGUAACAUGAUUUCCAAGGUGGUAGUGAGAGCACCCUGGAUGAAGAGUAACCAGGAGAGUGUGUGCAGCUGGAUGUGAUUUGUUCUCAUACUGUAUUGUGAUGUCGUUGGCUAUAACCAAUAAAAUUUGUUGAUUGGUUGCUUGCAGCUAGACUUCCUGCUUAAGGUAGGUUGGGAUGCAAAUAGAGGAUCUGACAUACUCAGCCCCACUAGGUUCAUAAUGCAGCUGUAACUGUACUGGAGUAAGUUGCUCUGUUCCAUUGCACAUAUCCUGGCACAUACCUAUGGACUGGGGUUUAAGGAUUCAAGAUGAACUUCUCCUGCACCAUCUGUGAAAACUCAGUGAUAACCAGCUCCAAUAAAAAGCAGUUGAAGCCACAAUAAAGGGCAGGGCUGCAACUGUUUUAACUUUAUGUGCAUAUAAAGUAAAGGUAAAGGGACCCCUGACCAUUAGGUCCAGUCGUGACCGACUCUGGGGUUGCGGCACUCAUUUCGCUUUAUUGGCCAAGGGAGCCGGUGUACAGCUUCCGGGUCAUGUGGCCAGCAUGACUAAGCUGCUUCUGGCGAACCAGAGCAGUGCACGGAAACGCCUUUUACCUUCCCUCCGGAGCGGUACCUAUUUAUCUACUUGCACUUUGACGUGCUUUUGAACUGCUAGGUUGGCAGGAGCAGGGACCGAACAAUGGGAGCUCACCCCGUCACAGGGAUUUGAACCGCUGACCUUCUGAUUGGCAAGUCCUAGGCUCUGUGGUUUAACCCACAGCGCCACCCAUGUCCCUUUUAUGUGCAUAUAUUGACAGCUUAAUGGAUACAGAAUGGGGGGGGAGGUCUUGGGGCAUGUAGGAUUCUCAGAGCUGCUGACCUUUGUUGUUCCAGGGGUCCUGUGGCUCUCCAUUGCGGCAGAGCUCCUCUACAUUGCUUUGCUUCUGAUGGGCGUCGCUCUCAUGUUGAUUGAAAUUUGCUAUUCCAUCAGCAUGCUAGAUGGGCUGAAGCUCAAUGCGUUUGCUGCGAUCUUCACCGUCCUGGCAGGUAUUUUAUUAUUACUUAUUAAAUUUAUAUAAGCAGCCUUCCUCCUGAAGAAGCCCACCUCUGUCAUUGAAAACAUCAACAACAGUAUACAAUCAAAACUCUUAAAAACAGUUCAAAAACAACCCUCUAAAGAUCGGUUUAGAACUUCUAAGUAAAAAUCACUGAAUGUCACAGCUAAUAAUUUCAGGGAUGCUAGGAACAGAUCUUUCAGCCAGAGUAAAUAAGAACGUUUUUAGAUUCUUCCUAAAAGUUAAUGAUGAAGUAGGCAGAUGCACCUGAGACCUUGGAGAGCUGCUGCCAGUCAGAGGAGACAAAACUAGGCUAAAUGGGUGACUAGUCGAAAUGGUGUGAGGCAGCUGCCUGUGUCAAAAUCUAAGUAUGUCACUAAGUAUCUAAGACAUCUAAGUAUGUCACUUCCUGGAAUAUGCCCCAAGCAGCAGCUGCGACUUUGGGCUUGAAUUCUGCAAUCCUUAUGGUCCACUUCUCAUGGUGUCCUUCAGUUUGUGCAAUGGCCUCAUACCAAAUAAAUCCAGUUGGGUGGAUUAGUUGUGUGCCCCUCACCUGCCUCCAUAUGAGAGGGGCUUUAUCUUUAUCUUCCUUAUUCAGUCAAGUAUGAACCAUCAGGAGCUAAGCCUUUUCAGGCAGACAGGCUUAAGGUCUGAAGAAAAAGGUGAAGCCUCAACAUUAUUUGUCACAAAUCUCUAACUAAUGACAACAGAAUUCAUUUGGUAUUGAGCAGCUGAAGAGAUUACUGCCUUUGAGAUGUUCUGUCAACCUCCCCCCUCCCCCCCCCCCGGAAUUUCACCUAGUGCUUCUAUAAGCCUGGGUAUACAUUUGAGUUUUAAAAAUGUUUUUAGAUGCUCUUGAUUGCAUUUGUUUAAUUUUUAUUGCAUGGUGUGUAUUUUUUAACUGUUUGCUGUUUGUUCCCUUGGGCUGCUUUGGGAGGGGAGAGGAGGAAAUCAACCUGAUGGAUCUGCAAAUGUGAAUUAAAAAGAGGUUCCUGCUAACAAAGCAUUGUGAAAUAUUUCAGGUCUCCUGGGAAUGGUGGCUCACAUGAUGUAUACAACUGUAUUUCAAAUGACCGUCAAUCUUGGUCCAGAGGACUGGCGCCCACAGACCUGGGAUUAUGGCUGGUCCUACUGGUAAGCUGGGGGGGGCAAUGGGGGAAAACAUAACAACAAAUGGAUGAACAUGGCCCGCUAAUCAUUCUGAUUGUUUGGUUAAAUCCGGGGCUAGUUGUGCAAAAGAGAAAAGAAAAGGGCCUCCACACAUUUGCUUUUCAAGUACCAAAUAAAUAUGGAACAAGCUAAAAGAAGUAGUUGUGUAGAAAGAGCCAAGUAUCAUGAGGAAACUGUCUAGUCAGUUUCCUAGUCCAGACACCUAUGGUUUCCUUUCUGCUUAGUCGAUGAGGCGUUAGUGACCAGGGAAGCACAGAAGAAAACGACCGCUGCAGUCCUCCAGAUGAGAGAGCCUAUGAAAUCUUCUCCAGUUUGUAAAGAGGCAGCACACAAUAGAGUUUGCCACAGGCCUGGGAAGGUUUCAAACUUCCAAUGGUAUCCCAAAGUACCUUGGGCCAGUGUGAGUAUUUGCCUGUGCAGUCACUUUAGAGGAAGAGCGCAGCCAGUAAUAUAACUGGUUGGGAAUCACCCAUGUGACCAGCGCAGAAAGCAUUGCCCUUAGUUCAGCUUGCAUUCGGAUUGACUAUGUAGCAGAAAAUAGCCACAUCCAUUGUGUAUUCUCUGAUUAAGUGGGAUCCUGCAGUGGAUUAGAAAGAAGCUCUAAACGAUAGAAAUGGCAGCAAAGGAAAUGGCAUUAAAAAAACUGACACUAUGGAGGGGUAGAGGUGUCUGUGGACAGGAGUUGCAGGUUCAGCCUCCCUUCUCAGAAGCAUAUCUUUCACAUUGAAAUGUUGAUGGGUGGACUAGAAAGUAUUAACUACAAAAGCAUAAUUAAUGCAGUACUUUUGCAUGGUCCUUGGGAAAGGGCUCAGUGGUAGAGCAUCUGCUUUGCAUGCAGAAGGUCUCAGGUUCAAUCUUCGGCAUUUUCAGCUAGGUCAGGGCUAGACUCCCUGCCUGAAACCAUGGAGAGCUGCUGCCAGUCAGUGUCCACCGUACUGAGCUGGCCUAGAUAGACCCAGUGUGCUGACUCAGAAUAAGGCAGCUUCCUGUGUCUGCUCUUUUGAAAAUGCUCACCAUACCCAGCAAAAAGUUGUGCACUGGUGGUGAUGUUUUUAAACGGAAGCUCCAUUUUCAGUCUACAGGCUGCACAAAAACAGUUAUGCAGCUACGUGUGUGUAGUGCAGAAGCACUUUUAAAAGCAAACAAGGUGUGCGAGUGUGUAUGGGCAUGUACACAUUACCAGCUUCAAACACGGGAAGGUUGUUUUUUCUCUGUGUUUCCAUUUGCAUGUCAUUGCACACACAAGUUGCCUACUGACUGUCCACAGCAGCAGAUGGAGGGGGGGCAUGGAAGUCUUCACAUGGCUUAUGUGUUUUCAAAUCAGAUAGAAACUGGUUUGGGGGAAAGCAUAUCAAAACAGAACAUUUCUCAGGAAGCUACAGGUGUGGGUUGUGGUUAACAUUGGGGCUUUACAAACCAGUGGUGGGAGCACUGCCAUUUUAUUCAUGAUCUUGUUGUUUUCUUGACAGUCUUGCCUGGGGCUCAUUUGCCUGCUGUAUGGCUUCCUCAGUGACCACAAUGAACAGAUACACAAAAACUAUUCUGGAAUUUAAGUAUAAACAGAAAAAACUGGAGAGAAGUUUAAAGGCUAAAUCCAAGUCUUCCGAUCCAGAAAAGGCUUGGACAAUGUACAUCAACACCAUCCACAGCACAACUGGGGACUUGAUGCAUCACCUGACAGACAUUCACAGUCCGACUACUCCUACAACAUUUGCAGAAUUAAAUAAUAUCCCCAUGGCACAUUGUGAAGAAUAUUGCUAAACAAUGUGACAGAGGGUUCCCCCCUCUUAUUUGCUUCCAUUUUUUCUUUUUUGGAAAUAACCAGUGUUUACUUGAUGCAUUCUUCUGUAUGUCAAGGAUUGAUGUUCUAACUGCAGGACAUUUUGGUGACUUGCCAAGAGAAGGCCAAGAAGAGAAACCUUCUUCCUUUUCCUUUUCAAUUUCCUUUGCUUCUGUCUUGAUUGAGAGUAACUUCCAGAAAGCACUAAAGUUCCACUGAUUUCAGUGUGGGCUGAUUUAAGCACAUGCUUAACAUUCCCCUUGAAAUCAUGCUCUAAAAUUGUAAGUUUGUACCUAGUGCAUUUUGAAUGUGUUGUUGUUGUUGUUGCUACACAAAGACCAACUUUUGUACUUUGUUGGAAUGUAAAUGGGGAAAUUGUUAAUGUGAUUGUUCAUAAGAACAAUGAAGAGUGAAGCUGAACUCUGCAGAGGGGUUUUCUUUUCCUUUUUUUUUUUUUUUUUGAGACAAACAUUUCUAUUUUAUCCGUUAAGUGGUUGUACCUCUUUGCUUUAAGAUGCCUUUAGGGGUUUUUGCAUACGCCUCUCUUGUUAGGACCAAGUUUGAUAAACUCUGAAAACAGUUUCACCUGGUAAACUCCCAUGCACUUUUUAAUAACAUCCUUCGAGACGCCUG